AUGCAUCGACUUUUUGCUGAGCUGGAGCCAUCUGUAACCGUCACCGAGCAAAACCUGGCAUACGGAGUUUGGUAUAUCUUGUGCUCAAAUACAUUUGAUGUCACCGAACUCGAACGGCUACGACAUGAGGCUGUUCCUUCAUCGGGUGAAAAUGCUGCGGCUGAGGAUGCGGUGCCACAACUCGCAGAGCAAACGGCAAACGUGGAUGCCGCCGUGAAUACCCCGGUUGUGGAAGAUUUAAACGAUGAUGAAACAGUCGCUCAGGAACUGGAACUAGAGCAAAUGAGAAGUACAUUGGAAAAGGAGAUUGUGGAAACGCGCAGUACGCUUCUCGAAAAUCAACCGCGACUUCCCCGCAUAGCCCUAAGCAAGCGGAAUCGGGGUGUCGUGAGGGCUCUGAACCCAAUGCUGGUGACCUAUUUGGAAGUCAGCCGGGACUUUUGCGAGACGGACUCAAUUCUUUUUGGCGCCGCACUGGCAGUCUGCCGUAUUAUGGGCGCCAAACUUUCCACGGCUGGACACGCUACUGGACGAAGUAGUGCUAUCCCAGCCUAG